AAGAUCUAGUGAGUCAGUGAGAGAGAGAGAGAGAGAUGGGAAAGGUGAGGGCAAGUAGCAUAUUGUGGGUGGUGUGCGUGGUGAGCGUAGUGGGAAUAGCAUGGGGACAGAGCGCCACCAAUGUGAAGGCGACGUAUAACCUAUACCAUCCAGAGCAACACGGCUGGGAUCUCAUGGCCGUCGGUGCAUUUUGUGCCACCUGGGACGCCAACAAGUCCCUCCCUUGGCGCCGCAAAUACGGCUGGACCGCCUUCUGUGGCCCCGUCGGCCCCCAGGGUCAGGCCGCCUGCGGCCGCUGCCUCCGAGUCACCAACAUCCGCACCGGUGCCCAACAGACCGUCAGGAUUGUGGAUCGCUGCAGCAACGGUGGGUUGGACUUGGAUGUCGGAGUCUUCCGGCAGCUUGACACCGACGGCAACGGCAACGCUCAGGGUCACCUCUCCGUCAACUAUAACUUCGUCAACUGUGGUAAGUGAUCUAUCCGUGACCCAACCCGACCACGUACUCCUCUGUAAUAAAAGCACAGGAUAUAGAUUAGUGCUACUGAUCUAGUUGUAAGAGAGUGCCAAGAAUUCGCUCAAUCAAUGCAUUGCAUUGUACUAUUCAUAAACUUACGGGACUCAUCUAAGUCAGAACAUGUUCUAGUUUAAAUAGUAUUUAUGGAGAUAUUUAUGAAUUAUCUAUUGAUAAAGUUCUCUCAUGUUAAUCGCA